GUCGCUGUUGAUGUGUGUUCGUGGUCCAUUGCUUUUGGAAUCUUCUCUUCUCUACCACUCCCACACCAACUGGUCUUUGUUGGCAAAAUUGAAACAACAAACCAUCAUCAGCAGAAACAGAGGGAGAGGUUUAUGGAGAAGGAGAGGGUGAAGGAGGAGGCUGUGGUGGGUGGUGAAAAGGGUAUAUUCAUCUGUGGUGGUGGUGGUGGCGGCUUUGGGAACAAGGCGGCGGGAGGCGGCGGCGGGGGUAUGCGGUGCUGUCUAGCUGAGAAGUGUAUGGCUGAUUUGAGUGAAGCCAAACGGUACCACAGGAGGCACAAGGUCUGUGAGGUUCAUGCCAAAGCUCAGAUUUCAUGAGCCGUCGGCAUUCGACGAAGCGAAAAGGAGUUGCCGGAGACGUCUCGCCGGCCACAACAAGCGGCGAAGGAAGAUGUCAGCUGAGUCCACCAGAUGAAGAACAGUGUCUGUGGGCAUGUGGAUGAUAAUAAGGAGAGAAUUCAAAUAACCAUUCAAGAAAAUGCUGCUGCAUAUAAUAAACACUUCCAGAUCUGAUAAGUUAUGAACAUAACAACAAUCUGCUCAUGCUCUCUCUCUCUCUUCUGUCAGGUGCCCGCCCUUAUAUAUCCAAAUCAGGGUCUGUGCGAGAAGAUCAAGAAAGAAUUGCCUUUGUUAGUAGUGGAUUUUUCAUCAUUAUCUGUC